CACGUGCAAGCAGCCGGCAUAUGUCAUGGCGGCCGGACGUCUCUUCGGGGCUACGCGGACGUGGGCCGGUUGGGCGACUCGGGAGCAUCUAGACUUCACAGCUCCCAGAAAACUGCUGAUCCGCGAGUAUGCCAAAAAACCGGUCAUGAAGGGCGCCAAAGGUGGCAAAGGUGGCAUGGUCAGCCAGGUGCUGAAGGAUCCAGACGUGUGUACAGACCCCGUCAAGCUCACCACACACGCCAUGGGCGUCAACAUCUACAAGGAGGGCCAGGAUGUGGUCCUGAAGCCGGAUGCUGAGUAUCCUGAGUGGUUGUUCCAGAUGAACGUGGGCCCCCCAAAGACACUGGAAGAGCUGGACCCGGAGAGCCGGGAGUACUGGCGCCUCCUGCGUAAACAGAACAUCUGGAGACACAAUCGGCUGAGCAAGAACCAGAAGUUCUAGCGGGGGGGGGGGGGCGGCGGUGCAGGGACUGGGUCCAGGUAACCCCUGGCACUUCAAGAGAAUGGACACUCUCCACUGCAGGGCGCAGGGGGCAGCCCUGUGUGGACAUAGGGAGUCUGGGCCAGUCCUGCCCAGGUUAAUAAACAUGUCCUGGUCAA